GGCUACCUGGUUGCGCUCUCGGUGACGAGCUUGGGACGUGGCCUUGCAUACGUAGGCAGCAUUGGCUCGACUUCGAUCAGCUUUAUUCUUCCAGGUUUGUUUUACUACAAAAUUAGCGACCCUGAAAGCGUACACCACCAGAAACUUCUCAAGGAGGACGACGACGCGGCCGAACUUCAUGAAGACUCGGAUAUCGAGGACAGCGCGGCCAUGGUGACCAGUAUUCAGAGUCUUGGCAGCGCUGCAAGCGUCGCGAUCGACCCACGAAAGUGGCGGAAGAAGUGGCGAUGGGACCUUGAGCACCUGGAACAUGACCUCCUACGCAAGGCGGGCCUAGCGCUGGCGAUCUAUGGUAUAUGUGUCAUGACCGUCUGUCUCGUUAUGAACAUUGUGUUCCACACUUCGCACUGAGAUCAUCAGCCGGCAUGGUGCCGGCUUGCCUUUUCUGGCAUUAAUAUACUGUAUAUAUAUUCUGGUUUCUGGGUUAGACGACGCGGGAGCAGCGGUUGGCAUAUGCCGGGCAUGACAUGGAAUGACGGCCACCUUCUUUUCUGAGCAUCAAAGGGCGUUUGGUUAACUUGAUUCUCUUUACUCUCCACAGCAGGGUACCUUUCCUGAUCGUGUUAUACGGCGCAAAUCAAUCCACCUGACGUGCCUCCUCUUUG